AUGUCUUCAUGCUCGCUAUAUGCAAUGUCUUUGUUAUGUAUCAUUAUUGGUGGUAUACGGUCCGCUAAUUUUGUCAGGAGACAAAUCGUCAAAAAACGUCCCCUAGAGGCAUCGAUAUCAAUGUCUGAAGCGAAAAAGUUCCCCUUUACGGCUUCGCUUGUGCUUUUCACGCUUUAUGUGUUCUUCAAGCUUGCUAGCAGGCUUCCGGAAGGUGUUCAUCCUUACCUAGAAUAUAUUCCUACGAUUACAAAAGCUCAUGUGAUGAAACUUCUUCUUAUUUUAAUUUGCUAUGAAGGCUGCGUUGCACUCGCUGCUCUUUUGAAGCCGUUGUUUUCAUUCGUCCUUUCUCUUUUACCGAUUGGAAAUCGACGGCCCCGUCUCAAUAUUCCCUAUUUUCUAUCAAUUAAGCAAGGAAAUAAGGAAAUGGAGGAGGGUGAUAUCGAGGAUGCCAAGAAGAGUGAUUUUCAAGGAAAUAAGGAAAUGGAGGAGGGUGAUAUCGAGGAUGCCAAGAAGAGUGAUUUUGUAAGUUAUACCUUGUAUUAUUUUGGAGUUUUGACGGAGGAGGACCUUUUACUUGAUCUUCUAGUGCUCUGUUAG